AUGGAAGAAACAAGCAGUGACUCGCCUGGAGAUACGAACCGUCAAGAGCAUAAUUCAAAAACUUCUUUUUUAAUUGAAGACAUAUUGUAUCGCGGGCAAAGGACAUUCAAGCAACCAGAUCCAAGGAGGUUUGAUUACGAACGGGAACCGAAAUAUUUUCCAGUAGCUAAUGAUGUUAGACCAGUGCCCAGAGAAGGAUCAUACUUGCAAGUGGCUAUGGGAGCUUUAGGGGCCUAUCUACAUACACCGAACACGUAUAAAGCAGUCGAAACACCGUACUUUCUUUCUCAAGGAGUACCUUAUCAUGCUCUCUUCACACCGUCGGAGCUGUCCCUCUCUGCGUUGAAGCACUGCCGUCGGAGGAAAGCGAGGACCGUCUUCUCAGAUCCACAACUAACAGGUUUAGAAAAGCGAUUUGAAACUCAACGCUACCUCUCAACACCAGAGAGGGUGGAGUUGGCUGGUGCUCUGAACCUCUCGGAAACGCAAGUGAAGACCUGGUUCCAGAACAGACGGAUGAAGCACAAAAAGCAGAUGAGGAAACAGCAACAGCAAAGGAAUUCCGCUGCAGUCGAUUUCACAACAAAACAUCCUUCACAACCAGCGGAUGACUCACGAAUAUCAACCACACACACAUCCGAUUCUGAAACGGAACACAGCGACAGCGAUAUCGAUAUCGUCGGCGAAUCGAGCUACACACAACACUAUACAGGAUCUUAA